CAUUACCAUAAUCACACCCUUGAUUUUUGUUUUGGCGAUGCAAAGGUUUAGGAGCUGGUCCAGUAAUAUUGUGCAGCUUGAUCUAAGUCCACUACCUCAACCGCCUUCCUCCCCAAACAACAUCCCUAUGAGCACAACCACAGCCAUAAGCUGUGCCGGCUUUUCCAUAUACGAGGAGGAGUCAACGGAGGCACGAAUCAAGAGGUUGAUAUCGGAGAACCCUGUGAUCAUCUUCAGCCGAACCUCUUGUUGCAUGUGUCACGUGAUGAAAAAGCUCCUGGCCACCAUCGGGGUUCAUCCCACUGUCAUCGAACUCGAUGACCAUGAGAUCACUUCCCUCCCUACGCCGCCUGCUCUCGAUAGCCUCUCCUCUCGGAAUUCUUCUCCCACCGUGUUCAUUGGCGGAACGAGCGUCGGCGGACUUGAAUCCCUUGUGGCCCUCCACCUUAGUGGGCACCUCGUCCCAAAGCUCGUCGAAGUUGGCGCUCUCUGGGUAUGAUACACAUAAAUUCAUAAUAGCAUUAAGAAAAGAAACUUAUAAUUAAGCUGCCAUUUUUAUGUUUUUAAAAAUCUGGACAUAAUUAUCUGUAAGUUGAUGAACAUAAAAUUAGGCAGUCGAAUUCCAAAAAAAAGAAAAGGAAAACAACUGAAUUGUAGUAAUUAAAUCAGGUGAAUGAAAUUGUAUUGUAUGUGUGAAAAAUUAUAUUUUUCUUUGAUGAAUUUGAGGAAGGAGAGAUAUGGGGAUUCAGCAACUCG